AGCGGCCAUACCUGAGAGGUCAGGUAGGUAUCCGUAUCACGCAGAGCGGUAACGUGGGCCCCGCUCAGGACCUCACUGCCGCGUUCCUGGCCACUGCACCUGCGCAGAUGCGACGCGAGCAUGGCACAGGACCAGUCGCCUAGCCGCUCCAUCGCUCCCAUAUAUCAUGUGCCUCGGGGACGCAUUGUGGCUGUAGAGCACCCGUGCAUCGUGAAGAACUUCGAUAAUGGCUUCAAGUCGUUCGGCGGCGAGGCGCAGCUCAAGCACGUUCUCGAGCAUCACGUUGGCGACUCGAAGCUCAGCAACAAGCAAAAUGAGCUUCCGGAACCCACUGCCGGCGUCUCGCUCAGGCCCGGCGAUCCAUUCGCCAAGAAGCUGACAUCUACUGGCAUACCGACGAGGAACUUGCUCGUCAAGGUGACUGUGCCGAAACGGACUGGACGAAAGCGGAAACGUGGCUCUGACGAGCCCUUCUCCGAUGCUGAACAACCAACAGCACAACCAGCGGGGAGCGUUACUGGGCCGGACCUGCUAGAACGACUUCGACAGCAUGAGAGUGACUAUACCAUCGAGGCUGUCGGCCUCUUGCGCGAGACGCAUCGAUUCCGAGCACUCCCAGACUUUCAGUUGCGCAGCGGCGGCCUUCCAGUCAUGCAAGAACUGCGAGACCAUGUCUUCACGCCCGAUUAUGAACGGCUGUCGCAAUUCGACGUAAAUCUGUCAGGCUCUGCCUAUCGAGGCCAGUAUCCAGGUCCGCCCAGCUUUACCAGUUUCGACAUGCCACAUAAGUAUGAAUACCAGCAGGCUGCAGGGGUGGUCUUUGUGCAAGACGACGAUGGCCAGAUCAUGUCUAAGAACAUCGCGGCACCGGUCAAACGAGUGACAUGGGGCUUGCCACCGGAUAUCGACGAAGUACCACAGGGCCCUCCAAUAGAGCUGCCGCGACGUAAUCCGGGUGGUGAAAUGCUUCCUCGUGCAGUAAGGGACUUGGCGAAGAUAUUGGAGGAACGCCCACUUGUCACGAAGCGAGUUGCACUCAACUCCAUGCCAGUCACGAGUGAGAGUAUCUUCAAAGAAGCCACGCAAUACGUCGGCUACAGCUUCAAAGCUGGGCCGUGGAAAGACAGCCUCAUUAAAUACGGCGUCGAUCCUCGAAAAGACCCCAAAUACCGUCACUACCAGACACUCAUGUUUCAGUUGGAUGCUCAUGCCUUCAAAGACGUCCACAGCCAUGAUAGACCGUCCUGGAAGCAGAACGAAACCAACACUACCUGGGCGAGACCACUUCGUCACACCAAGGACGCCCCAUCGACACACAUCUUUGAUGGUAAGAGCAUCACAGCGAAUGGAAAGACAUGGCAGACGUGCGAUGUGCACGACCCGGUAGUCCUCAAGCUUCUGCAGACCGACGAUCUCCCAACGGAGUGUGACGUCUAUCAGUGGGGUUGGUACCAUAACGGCACGAUGGCAAAAGUGCGAACCAUCAUGAAGGACAAAAUGAAGUACCUAUUCGCGAAGCAAGAACCACCACACGCAGACUACGAAAUUUUGGCAAGAUUGCCUGACAAGAUCUCGCGAGCCAACAUCAAAGACGCGAUCCUCAACUCACGAGAGUACAACAAUCACUGCAUGAUGAUGGCGACUGAAGUGCGAAAUAUUAUCAAGUCCGGUGAGGGUGGCAACGCAAGAAGUACGAAGAGCAUGUGGGAGCGAAGAGCAAAGGGUAUGAGUGUCGAUAACGAUGACAGGGAAGACAGUGACAAUGACAACGAUCCGAGUGAAGAUCUUCGGAAUAUUGACACCGGAAACGACAUCGAUGGUGACUUUGCGGAGGACACAAUGGAAUUCGAGCUCGAUCCAGCGUUGCAGCGAGCAGGAGAGCGGACUGCCGCGAUGGAGGACAGGGACACGUUAGAGGAUGCUUAGGUAGCCACCUAGUACCUGUUCAUAUAUGCGAG